AUGUCAGGGGGGAGCAAUGGCAGCUCCAAUACGUCCUACACCAGCUUCCUCCUGGUGGGCUUCCCAGGGCUGCAAGAGUACCGUGCCCUCCUGCUGCUGCCCUUCCUCAGCCUUUACCUGGUGAUUGUCUCCACCAAUGCCCUGGUCAUCCACACGGUGGUGGCCCAGCGGAGCCUACACCAGCCCAUGUACCUGCUCAUCACCCUGCUCCUGGCCAUCAACAUCUGUGCCGCCACCACUGUGGUGCCCACCAUGCUCCUCAGCCUCUCCACACGCUUCAUCCGCAUCUCCCUGGCUGGCUGCCUGGUCCAGAUGUUCUGCAUGUACUUUCUCAUUGUCUUUGACUGCAACAUCCUCCUGGUCAUGGCUCUGGACCGCUAUGUUGCCAUCUGCUACCCUCUCCACUACCCAGAGAUAGUGACAGUCCAGUUGCUGGCUGGCCUGGUGGGGGUGGCAGCUGCCAGGAGCACAUGCAUUGUUUCUCCAGUGGUGGGGCUGGCCUCCCGGGUUCAUUUCUGCCGCUCAGAUGUGAUCCACCACUUUGCCUGUGAGCACAUGGCCCUGAUGAAGCUCUCCUGUGGGGACAUCUCCCUGAACAAGAAUGUGGGGCUCACUGUCCGCAUCUUCAACAGAGUCCUGGACAUGCUCCUACUGGGAGCCUCCUAUUCCCGCAUCAUCCACGCCGCCUUCAGGAUUUCAUCAGGUGGUGCACGUUCCAAGGCUCUGAACACCUGCGGUUCCCACCUGCUGGUCAUCUUCACCGUCUACUUCUCCACCAUGUCCUCAUCCAUCGUCUACCGUGUGGCCCGCACUGCAUCCCAGGAUGUGCACAACCUGCUCAGCGCCUUCUACCUGCUGCUCCCAUGUCUAGUUGACCCCAUCAUCUAUGGGGCCAGAACCAAGGAGAUCAGGCAGCAACUGUCAACUCUCUUCCAAAGGACACAGGUACAGGUCCCCACCAAGAAGUGCCAGGCUCUGACCUCACAUAGGGAGCUUCCUGGCUGA